AUGGAUCCUAAACGGGUCAACGAGUUUCUCCCGCCGGCGUCGUCGGCCACGGCGUCGCCAGCAGAUCGGAUGGACACGACGGCAAAUCCGAUGGAGGACGAUUUUGAUGUAGCGCAGUACCGCGCAUUGAAGAAGGACAAGCAGGAGGAACAGAAGCGCCUCGACCACGAGCACGACCACCGCCACCGGCAGCUUGAGGAGCAGGUCCAUCUGGAGAACAAUCGCCUAUACUCACAGUUGCAGCAGAGGGUCAACGAGAGUAUACAGCGGGCCUUUAUAGAUCUUCAGCCAGCUAUCGCCACCACGAUCAACAACCAAGUCAGCCUUCGACUGGAGCAGCAACGCUUACGUGACGAGCAUGCGGCGAGCAAGACCACCAUCGAGCAGCGUUACCAUAAUAAGAUCACGAGCCUUAUGGCGAUGCCGUCCGCCGCUCGCAGUGCAAUUCCAAGGGUGAACAGUAACAGUAACACGCCGUCGCAUCCCCAGCCUAAUCCUAUUCGAAUGGCGAACACGGGGCAGGGGACUCCUGUAACGCCAGCCUUUGCGAAUACUUCACCUGCGCACCAGUCGGUGAAUACUCCCACGCCGGCUUCGCGUGGGCCAGCGCCUCAGGAUGCUACUCGUUCGGAGCCAAUGGCUCAUCAGGCGCAGCAGCGCAUGCCUCCUCGCGCUGAGGUGCCUCCGCAUCACCAUCAACAGCCGGUUGCGCCCCAGCGCAUCCUUCCUUCUGAGCCCUUGACUCGGCAGCCUGUGGGCCCUCAGCGGAUGCCUCUCCCGGAGUCUAUGGCACAGCAGCCCGUAAUUCAGCAGCGCAUGCCUGCGGAGCCGGUGCACCAGCGCCCUCUGCCGCACCAUCACGUGCCCGCCGAGCAUCAUCCCCAUGAGCCGCCUCGUCACCAACUGCCAAGCGUGGCCCAGCCUCUGGCCAGCGAUACCAAACUGCCCGAGGGUCCGCUGCGACAGGACGUCCCGCCGCUUCCGAGUUCCAACCCCGUCCUGACAAGUCGUGCCUCCCAAGGCGCGACACCGACCCCACGACAAGAUGUGAAAAGGAAGGCCGCUGACUCGCCAGCCACCGAAGCCGCGACCAGCGCCAUGAAGCGGCCGCGCACCAGGGACAGGCCGUUCGAGCAAGGGCAGGAUGGCCCGUCGCCGCUCAAGCGAAGCCCUCGCGCCCACCGGCCGCCACCGGCGCCGGUGGUGGGCAUGGAGAAGCGGGUCCAGCGCACCAUCAGCUUCGCGGAGGUCUACCAGGACGGCAAGGCGCAGUUCAAGCACCAGAUCUUCGAGUACAAGACCGGCUCGGGCAACUGGUACAUCGUCAAGUGCGACGAGCACGGCGUGCACUUCAAGUUUGGCAACCCGGUCCACGGCGCGGCCAAGCACGUGCACAGCCCUCAGCAUGACAUGCAGCCCAAGACGCACGACCUGGCCAUCGAGAUCUGCGGCUACCUCGUGACCGACUGCAACGCCGAGCUUGCGAAGCUCAACAACGACGAGUACCAGCGCGCGGUGGCCGAGGAUGGCUACGAGCCGUACAACCGGAAUCUCCUCACCAAGGAGGGGAGGCAGCGUACGGACAACCACAAGAAGCAGCCCAAGACCGAGCGGGAAGGAGGUGAGAUCCACGUCAAUGGCGAUCUCACCUCUUCCAAGCCGCACAAGGUGCGGGAGCAGAAGCCGGCGGCAAGCAUCACCGUGCCUAAGGACUGUCAUUUCUACCAAGGGCUGUGGCAGUCGAACAAGAAAUGGUACUCGCUGGUCGUUCUGCCCAUACGACCGGACGGGAGCUUGCGGGAGGUUGGCCUGAAGGAGAGGUUCCAGGAGCUGCCACUGAUGCAGACCGUGCCGAAGUGCUACCGCGUCGACAGGGUCAGCCUGCAGAUCAAGGGGUGGCAGCCUGCGUACGAGGACGGCGAGGCAAAGGCCAAGAAGCGUGAAUACCCCGUCAUGUUCUUCGACAGGACGCCCUGGUCGCUGGGCUGGCUGCCCGCCCAGAAGCUUCAGGAGCUCGACCUGGACAACCCACCCGAGAAUGUAGAUAUCAGCGGCCUGAGGAAGGCUCGGGAGUGGUUCGCGGUGAAGAUGAACAACCGUGCCAGCUGGGACGAGCUGAAGCGACUUGGACCUGGCGAGCCCCUUUCGGCAACUCCGGAGGGCGAGGCAGACUGGAUUGACAAGCCUGACGAUAAGAGUCCGACCUUUUUCGACAAGCAGUUCGGGAAGAGCCCCGGUCGCCGCGAUUCACCCGGCAGCGGCGAUGACUCUGACAGCGAGGAGGAAGAAGACCCGAUGAAGAUGGACAUUGGGCCAAUUCCAGACCCCGGGGCCGGAGACUCUAACUGGGUAGAAGGCGGCUCGGGCUCGGAUACCCACGAAUCGGAUGUCGAGAUGGAGGACGACACGCCCGUCAAGAAGAGCGACGAAGACUCUCCGAAGAUUGCUUCCGUCGAGACCGCCGUCGCACGGACUGGUGAGACCAAGCCGUCGGAGGAACCCACCAAUGGACAUCCGGACCAGGCUGGUUUAUCCAACAUCCUCUCGGAACACGAGCGGGUGAGGAAGAGCGCGCAGACGGCACAGGCAAAAGCAGCAGCGGCCGUCAGGGAGGCCGCCAGCCGCAGCAGGGCGGCGUCGGAGGUGGCCGACGAGGGUCCCAAGCCCUCUGCCCCAACGGAGACGAAGCCUACCGCCCCAGCGCGGGCAGACACCGACGCAGCAGUCCCAAGGCCGCAGCGCCCAGCCCUGGCAGACCACCAGCGCUCGAGGUCGGACGGCACGUUCCCGGAGUCGCAGCAGACGGGGCUCGCGGCGCCGGGCAUGGGCAAGCUGGGCGAUGGGGGAGGGCGCAAGCACUCGAACCUGCAGAACAUCCUCAACCCGGCGGGCAUGCGCUCCGACGCGGCGCCGGCCACCGAGAACGGCAUCGACAGCUACAAGCGGUUCGACGCGCUCAUGGCGCAGAUGAGCGGCGGCGGCGGCGACACGGCGCCCCUGAGGCCGGCGUCGGUGCCGGUGCAGACCAACGGCCACGGCCACCACUUCCAGCCGCCGGCCCAGCAGCAUGCGAAGCAGAUGGAGGCCGCGCUGCCGCAGCACUCGCCGUCGCUCUCGCACAUCCUCUCGCCGCCGAUGCAGUCGCCCAUGAUGGGCCCGCCGCGCAGCGCGUCCACGACGCCCGUGCCUGAUGGGUCGGGGCGCAGCACGCCGACCAUCAUGAUCCCCGGCAACAACGCGGACCGCUGGCAGGCGGUGCGGACGUCGUCCUUUGGGCCGGCGCCGCACACCCCCCGGGCGUCCUUCACGCAGCAGCAGGGCCACGACGGCCAGAAACCACCGCCGGCGCCCCAGCAGCAGCAGCCCGCAGCAGCUCCUUCCUCCUCCACGCCGACCGCGCGGGCCGAGACGCCCGGGGCCGGCCCGGACAGGAAGGAGAUCUUCGACGUGAGCCAGUUCCGCGACUCCGGGCGCGGGGUGCGGUGGUCGCGGAGCAGCAGCCCGACGGCGGGGUACCUGCGGCUGGCGACGGACCCGGUGCGCGGGGUGGCCGAGCCGCUGGAGACGUCCGCCGCGGAAGCCGCCGCCGCGGUGCCGUCGGCGGGGAUCGAGCCGGCGAAAGUGUCGCGGAUCGAGCUCGAGACGGAGCGCGACCGGCAGUGGGUGCAGCUGGUGCUCAAGGACCGCAGCGAGCAGGCGGUCGCGUUCGAGACCAACUCGGCGAGCGGGAGGCUGCUCAACGCCAAGAUCCAGGGGAGGAGGUUCGUCAGCUGGGUUAGGAAGUGGAACCCCGAGGCGGAGGUGGGCAGUAGUGGGUAG